AUGGCGACGGGGGCGGCGGGCGGCAGGGUGGCGGUGGCGACGGGGGUGGCAGGGCUCCGGGGCGGUGGAGCUCAGGGGGAGCCGGCAGGGAGGCGGGGCCGAUGGGGCCGCGGUGGCGCCGGGGGCGACGGUGGCGCCGGGUGGUGGGCGGGUGGUGGGGGCGCCGGGGCAAUGGGACGGUCGGGCGCCGGGAUGGGCAUAUUUCCUUCAGAAGGUGCUGGAAGCAGCGAAGGUGUGGGCCUAGCGACCAGGUAUAAUCAAGGUUCCAGAAAGGAGAAGGAGAAACCGACGAAGAAGAAGGGUCCAAAGUCCUUUCAUUGUAAGGACUUUGUUGGUCACAUAAGGAGGGAGUUCCCAGAGUGGAAGAAGGCUAAUGCAUCGUCUAGUGUGGCCGCGUCUUCAGACAAUGACUCUGACGAUGACAUGCUUACCCUAUCAAGCGAGCGGUCUAAUGAGGCGUGGAUAUUAGAUACAAUGAGAUCUUAUCAUGUGACACCUAACAAAGAGUGGUUCGUUGCCAAUAAGUCUGAUGGUUUUGGAGUAGUCUUUAAAGGCGAUGAUGUGCCUUGA